AUGCAUGAGGACAUUGACCUUUGGAUGUGCAAUCCUGUCAAAUAUAUCAAAGACAUGAUUGGAAAUCCUUUGUUCAAGGACCAUAUGAAAGAGUUGCCAAAAGGAGUGACCAUAGCACCUAUCAUUCUUGCAUCAGACAAGACAUGUCUGUUGCAGUUCCAUGGUGAUAAAUCAGCAUGGCCUGUAUACCUUUCUAUUGGCAACAUCACAAAAGAAAAAAGGCAGCAAGUGUCAGCACAAGCGACAGUCUUGAUUGGGUACUUGCCUGCAGGAAAGCUUGAUUGCUUUACAUCUGAUGCACACUCUCUUGCUGGUCAAGAUGGCAUUGAGAUGGUUUGUGCAGACUCACUUAUCCACCGAGUAUACCUGAUCCUCGCUGCUUAUGUGGCAGACUUUCCUGAACAAUGUCUUGUUGCAUGCUGCAAGGAGAACUGGUGUCCAAAAUGUCUGGUCAUGGAGGAUAAAAGAGGUGAUCCACUGAGUUCAUUGAUGUGGGACCCUCAGUUGAUUAAAGAGGUGUUGGAGAAGUGGAAAAAUGGUCAACAUCCGGCUGAGUUUGAGGAGUAUGGACUAUGCACUGUCUACAAUCCUUUCUGGGCUGAUCUCCCACACACUGACAUUUUCCUCACCUUCAUGCCUGACCUCCUACACCAACUCCACAAAGGCAUCUUCAAGGACCAUUUGGUGAAAUGGUGUCUUGAUAUUAUUGGUGAAGAAGAAUUGGAUGCACAGUUCAAGGUGAUGCCUCAUUAUCCUGGUCUUUGGCACUUCAAGAAAGGGAUAUCUAUGGUAAAGCAGUGGACAGGCACUGAACACAAAGAAAUGCAGUGUGUUUUCCUCGGGAUACUGGCUGGUGCUGUCCCAAGAUUUUCUUAUUAUGCACAGCUUCGAAUCCACACAACUGAAUCCCUUGAUUGUCUGAAUAAUGCCCUUUCAGUAUUUCAUGCCAACAAGAAUAUCCUGCUAGAACUUGAAGUUUGUGAGCACUUCAACAUUCCGAAAUUACAUCAACUUUCACACUACAUUCAGUCAAUCUCAUUGUUUGCUUACUGCACCAGUAACAAGUGUGACUAUGAGGAGCAGAUGGCCCAAUGGCUUCAGUGCCAGGAAGCAGUGUUCCUAUGCCGUUCCUACCUUGAUUGGCUCUCUCAGUUGCCCACAGUGACUAGUUGUGUUGAUGAUGAAUGCAGAUAUGAGUCUGAGUCUUCAGACUCUGACUCUGAGAUCAAGGACUUACAAACCCAGCCAUGCAGUGCUGUACACCCUGCCAAUAUGGCACCAAUGACUGACCCUUGUUUGGUCCAUUCUCUUGCAAAGAACCCUGCAUACCCUCAGCAAUCCAUUCAGCACCUUGUCACCACACAUGGCACAACUAUGUUUCUCCAGGCAUUCAAAUCCUUCCUACAAAAGCACAUCCCACACAACACAAUUGUCCCUGGUCCACAAGACCAUUUUGAUGUUUUUCAUCAAGUUGUAAUUGUUGCUCCAUCUAAUCUGCAGGCCAAUGAUUCUCAAAAGUGGUGGUGCAUUCGAGCAACACCUGAAGUACACUCUGGUCCUGGUCGGAAACCUGGAGCUCUGGCUUAUGAUGACUUGCAAGUGGCCCAAGUUCAUAUCAUUUUCAUGCUGCCUCGUCAGUUUGGGACUUACUCCCAAGCUCUGGCUUACGUUGAAUGGUUCACUCCACUUAGAGAGCCAGACCCCUCUUCUGGCCUGCGUCAGGUGUCACAUUCGACUUCUAUUAUACACAUUGAUGAAAUUGUCCAUCCAUGUCAUCUGAUUCCAAAGAUGGGACAGUCUGUUGACUGCAGGUGGACAAGUGCAAACACCUAUGAGUUGGCGAGUGAUUUUUACUUAAAUUCCUAUAUUGACCUUGAUACAUUUUGUAUGACUGCUAUGGUUGAUUAA